AUGCCUUAUUUUAGACGCUUAGACCCCUCUGGCUAUUAUAUCGAUAAUUAAUCGAAAAACAGUGGCUAUGAAUUGGGAAUAAAAAAUUAUCCAUUUAAACAGCUAGACGAUGCUUUCAGAGAAAUUUUUAAUUAUGCAACUGAUCAAACCUACAAUAUCACUCUCAAAAUUAAAGGAAACAGUAGCUUGAAUUUGUUCUCUGAUGCUAUGCCAAUUUUAUUGAUUAAUCACAACUACACCAUAAUAACACAAGAUAAUGUGAUUGGAGAGAUUUUUAAUCCAACACUAUUAAAAAAUGGGACACCAAUGCCAUAUCAUGUCAAAUUAUUACAAAAAUCUGGGAAAGUGCCAUAUGAUUAUGAGAGUAAGUUUAAGUUGAAGUUCUAUCUAUAUGAUGCCGAUUUGACCAUUAUAAAAUUAAGGUUUAUUGAACAUACUGUCUAUACUGUCAACAGGAAUGCUCUUUUUACUAUGUAUUAAAGUCUAAAAUGGAUUAAUAUAAGUGAUUGCGACUUCAAAAUAAAACAAGGCAUGUUUUAUAGCAAAGACGGAUGGCUAAUUAAUGUGAAAAAUUCGAUGAUUGAUUAUACUAACAUGUUUUUCACCCAACUUAUGGAUUUAGAUCCAAAUAUUCAAGAUUGCAAGUACUAAACUAAUGAAUAUAAGCCUUAUAUCUACAUCUAUGAAAAUAAUACCUUCUAUGGUAUAGGUAUUAUAGAAUACGGACUAGUUUGGAACAUUCAGACUCAAUUUAAACUCUUUAUGUUUAAGAAUAAUCGAUUUAAGAGCUUUCUAUAAAAUAGAUUUGGAGCAACAUUUUAUGUGAUAUUUGGAAACGAGUGUCCCAGAGACAAUGGUUUAAGGGAAAUUGUAGUUGAAGACAAUACCUUUGAUUUUAGUUCCUAGCAGAUAUAUAAUGGAGUCAUAUUCUAUUGGCUUGCAACCUAGACUUAUGAUUAAGAUACAAGAAUUGCUAUAUCAAAUAACCUAUUUACAAACUUAGGAUAUGGACUUGAUGAAAUUAAUUUUAUGGAGAUAAUAGAUGAAAGUUUAAAAUCAUUCAGAGUGGAAAUGACGAACAAUACUUUUGAUGGAAUAUAGAAUAAUAGAGAUUAUGCUUUAUCUAGGAUCAUCGCUAGCAAAAUUAGAUUAGAUAACAUCACCAUUAAAAAUUCUGAAAUAGGCUAAGGAUUCUAAAUAAUUUCAGGAGACUCUAAGAUUUCAAACAUUGUAUUUCACAAUAUCACUUCGAGAUUUGAUUUAAAUAUAUUUAAAAUUACCAAACAACUUUCAGCUUCGAAUAUAGAGACAAUACAAUUUAAUAACUUGACAUUCUAGGAUUCUAAUAUAUCUCUUAUACUAUUUCAAAGCAUAAACAUUGCUAAAGAAGAUCAAAGCGAAUUCUUCAAUAUAAGUUUAAGAAAUAUUGACUUAUAAAAGCUUUAUAUUUAAGGCAAAUACUCCCUUAUAAGAUUUUAAAGCAUUGCUCAUCCUAAUUUCAAGGUCAUUGUUAGAAACUUACAAGUUCUCAACAACAUAAUAGAAUAAUCGAGUAUUUUUGAGUUGCAGCACAAUUCAAAAAAUUUAAGCUUUAUUGACUGCUCGUUCAUUAAUAAUACGGGCUAAAUAUUUUAUAUCAAUCCCACAUUGCAAGAUAAAACAUUGCCACAAGUAACAAUAAUAAGAAAUUCAUAAUUUGUUGGUAAUAAUGGAAAGGACUCAUCUCUAUUCUACUCAACAUUUAACUCAAAUUUAACUUUUUACAAUACCUUGUUAGAGAAUAACUAUGCAAUUGGGAGAGGAUCAUUAAUUUUCUCAGAAAAUAAUCUUGCUUUUGUUGAGAUUAGCUCCUCCGUUAUUCUCAAUAAUUAUGGAAAUGUCGGUUUAUUGUAUUCAAACUUUUAUUCAACUUUCAUAAUCACUAAUACUACGUUCAAAAAUAACUUUGCAAUUGUUGGUGGAAUUAUGUAUGCUCAGAAUGAGGGCAGAGGUUUAUUCAGCAAUUGUUCAUUUUAACAGAAUAAAGCAUUUAAAGCAAGUCUUAUCUAUUCUAUUAACUCAUAAAGCAUCAUAUCAAUUAAAGGAGGCUUGUUAGAAAACAACCUAGUAGGUGCUUUAAGUACAUUUAAGACUCUGAUGUUCAAAUUCGAAAUCUUAGUGUAGCAUAGAUUAAAUAAGGGUCUGGCUAAGUAAACUUCAUUAAGAGUUAACAGUAAUUUAUAAGGACUUUCAGGGGCAGCUAUCUAUAUUGUAAAAUAAUCUAAGUCAAUUCCAAGUAUUUAGCUCACUGUUGUCAAUUCAUCGUUCUAUUAUAUUUCGGCCAAUUUAGACGGAGGUGCAAUUUACUCAUUGGAUACUAAUGUGGCUUUUCUUAAUAAUUCAUUCACUAAUGGGACCUCAGGAGAAUCAGGAGGGCUUAUUUAUUUGAAGUGUUCUACAUCUUUGGACUGUGAUUAUUUGAUCUUUAAUAAUACUUUAAUUAAUAGCACCGCUAGACUUAAAGGAGGUGCUAUUUACUAUGACUCAAACAGACCAUAAAAUAUCAAUGAUAACAUAUUUUUAAAUAAUUCUGCAAUCUAUGGGCCAGAUAUUGCUUCUUUCCCCUUUUAGCUUAAACUAAUAAAUAGCCGAGUUGAUUUUUUAAAGAAUAUAACUAGCGAGGAAUAUUUACCAGACAAUUUUUACAUAGGGUUAGUUGAUCAAGAUGAUUAGAUUGUUAAUGAUAAAAUUAGCAGCACUCUGCUGAUUACUUCAAUGAAUGAAAGCUUAUCUGUAACUGGGAUUACAAGCGUGAUUAGUGAGGAUGGGGUUUUUGAGAUUUCAGAGCUUAAACUAAUAGGGAAGCCCUCUAAAUCAUAUCAAUUGAAAUUAUCUUCAAAUGCUAUCGAUCAAACUUAAAUAAAUUAUUAAUCUAUGAAUCUAAGUGCUGAUCUAAUAUUGGACAUAAAAUUUAGAGAAUGUGUGUAAGGAGAGAUUUAAUACGAAAGAAAAUGUUUUGAGUGUCCAAGAGGUACUUACUCAUUAAGUGUACCUGAUAAAAAUUGUAGAAAUUGCCCAGAUUAUGCUAAGUGUGACGGUGGUACUAAGAUUUUCAUUAAUUAUAAUCAUUGGAGAAGUAAUACAAAUACAACGAAAAUCUAUAAAUGCCCUAAAAAUGAUGUAUGUCUUUCGCUUAUCAAGAACUCUAAGAGAAAUAAUCCAUAGACAUUACUAAUGCGCAUUUUGACUAACUACUUCUAGGUAGUGAUGAUGGUCAAGGAGUUUUAACUUAAUUGGCCAACUUAAAUCACAGAAUUUCUAGACUAUAUAUCAAUUGGCGGUUAGGGUUACUCUCAAGUAAUGUCAUUUGAAUGCUUGAUCAAUGAAAGUGGAGUGGAUAUAGGAUUGCAUCAAAUUUACUUCUUCGUAAUAUUGGUGGGACUCAUGCCCAUUAUAAUGAGCUUAAUCGCCUACGCCAUUUGGACUGUGGCUUACCAAAUCAAGAAAAUAAAUUUGUCUCAUAAGCAAUAUAGAAGAUAUAUCCGUACAUCAAUAAUACUAUUUUCCUAUCUAUGCUAUCCAAUAAUCUCACAGAAUAGUUUCUCGCUUUUGAGUUGUGUUGAGUUUGAAGAUGGUAUUUCAUACUUAAGAUAGGACAUGAAUAUUGAAUGCUGGACUGAAGAACAUAAAAGAAUGGCUUUGACUAUUGCUCUGCCCUUUAUACUUUUAUGGGCUGUAAUGUUUCCUUCAUUGAUAGCCUUUUAACUUUGGAGAAAUAGAGAGGGAUUAUCAAGACCCAAAAUGAUGACUGAAUAUGGAUUAUUUUACACGGGGCUAAAAGAUGAGAACUACUAUUGGGAGGUGACUUAUGCAAUGAUAGGAUUGGGAUUAAUUUUUAUGGAAUUGCAAAUAUCACACUUACAAAGUCCUUAUAUGGAUCCUCAUAUGAAUUUAAUUGAUCGGCUUAGUUCUUAUGCUUCAAUCUCUAUACUGAUUGGAGGAAUGUUUUAUAUCAGCGAUGAAUUCAAGAAUAAAGAUUCUGCCAUGACCACACUAUUUGUUAUCAUACUGAUUUUGAAUAUGAUAUUCGGAUUCUUCUGGCUUUACACAUUUUUAAAAAUCAUCAUCACAAAUAAGAUCAGAUAGCUUCAAGGAAAAAUAAAUUUCUUAAAGAGAAUAAGUAUUGUGACAUACCAAGAAAGAUGGAGUAUAUAGCAAGAGGAGAUAGAUCGUAUUAAGCAAAUGUAGCUAGAAUUUAAAAAAUAGGUGCCUUAACUAGAGGUCAAAACUAAAAAGAAACUAAAAAAGAAGUAAAAGAAAGUUAUUGUAGUAAAUAAAAGAGAUAAGAGUAAGGGUAUUGGAAGAGAUAAGGAUAAGACUAAAGAGGAGAGCAAAGAUUAGAGCAAUUAUUAUAUCUAAUCCAGUGAGAUGAAUGCUAUCUAGGAGUCUGAUAGAUAACCACUCAGAAGACAAGACAACAUAAUAAGCUUAAGAUUUAAGCCAAAGAAUAAGCAUAGAAAUAGAAAUAGAAAUAAAUUAGAUGAAAGUGAUACUUCUAAGAUGAGUCUAUUCACUAAGAAUCAGAAUAGCAUCUCAUAUAUUCAUAAUCAAACAGACUUAAAUGAUCUAUCAUAGUUAUAGUGA